UAUACAUAACAACCCAACCUUAGCUAUUACGCAGUUUGACAAAUGCAGCCUUACAGAAGGUUUAGAGUGAUUUUCAUUUGAUCAUUUGAUUGAGGCUUCCAGAUGUCAUGUAACUAUGUGAUUACUGUGGGGAUGAGAUACUAUCAAACACACAACGUGUAACUGUGUAUCACAAGGAUGAGGAAGUCUUUUAUGUACCCCCUGCACAGGAGGGUGAUAUACCAGAAGCGUAUGAACAUGUAACUGUGUGCGUACAUGGUGACAAUGUCAUAUAUACUAGACAGGGAAGCGACGUACCAAGAGGUUAUGAAUCCGUUUCUGUCUAUGUCAAAGAACAAGGAUUAAUAUAUUCUAAAGAAGAUACAACACCAACUGGUUUUGUCCCUGUACGUGUUUAUGCCAAGAAAGAAGAUAACGAUACAGCAUCCUGCAUCAAUUCAUCUAAACCUAAACAGAUCAUUCACACAGCGUGUCUAACUGUCCAUGUUCCACGGUGUGAGGAAGCAGUUACUAAAUUCCUCCAGUAUGCAUCUGCCAGUAAAAUCAUCUUGCCUAUUGGGAUUCACGUUAAGUACCUGUAUGGUGUAGGGCGAAAGGACGACAGCAAAAAGAAGAAAGAGAAGAAAAAGGAGAAAAGAGAUCGUAAAUUCAACCAGCUGACGGAAAAAGUGUCAGCUUUGCGCAACUCCAACUCGGGAUAUAUACUGAUCCAUCUUGUUGGUCUAGCACCAGAGGAUCAUUUUACUGGCGCAUUUGAUAAAUUUGUGGAUUUAAAACUUCAAGACUUGAUUCAUGAUGGUCAAUUAUUUUCUAAUGUUUACCGGGAGGAAAAGCUGAGUGAACACAGGAAGCUUUCUGAUUUCCCUGACUUUAUAGCUCUUUACGUUAGUGCUUCUUCCAUCUUGACAACAUCUGACUUCAAAACAAAGAUUGCACUUGAUUACUGCAUUGUAGACAUUCCUGCGGAAACACUACGGACAUUUGUCAGAAAAAGAGGAGAAUUCAAAGACACUUUCCCACACUACCUACAGAAAUACAUACUGUAAAUGAUGCUCUGAGAGUACACGAAAGCAGAUCAAUUCAAGUGAAAAGUCACUUUCUCCAAAAUAAAGGGGAUCAUGAUAUAGUUACUAACAUUAUUAAGAAUCUUAAACUUACUGAGUACAUAAGUGCAUUUAGCAAACUUAAAAAUGGUGGUUCCUACCUAUAUGGUGUCAGAGAGGAAGUCGUUUUUAUAACGGAAUAUGGAUAUGAAUCUAUAGAAAUCCGAAGUCAACCUGUUUGUAUAGAUGAUCAAGAAAAUCUAAAGGAUACGUUGACGCAGAAGAUUCUCGAGACUGUUCUUGUGUGUGACUUUGAUGGGAAGAAAGUGACUGAUGCACAUACAGUAGACAUUAGUUUUAUUCCCUGCAGUGAGGAAAAGUUCAUUAUUCAUAUUCUCGUAAAACACGUGAAUAGUGUAAUGUUUUAUGAUCCACUGGGACCAUUGGCUUACAAAUAUGAUCCCAAAAACAAGUCACUAACCCGGAUGGAAAUCAAUGAAUGGCUCCAUGCUUUCACAAAGCCAGAGGUAAAAUCAAGCAUAGCUGACGCUGUGGACUAAAAAGUGAUGGCAGAAGACGAGCAGCGACUAGCGGAGAAUGCCUCAUUGGAAAGAGAUUUUGGAAGCACUGUUCAUAUUGUUGGAGAUGAAAGCCGGCCUCUAACUAUCUCAUGUCCUAAACUUCACCUAGACGCGGCUCGGACCAACACACUCUGCUGCCACGUAACUACAGACGGUGAGCUGGCCGAAUCGUCACCCGACAUACGGGAUGAGGGACAGAACAGGCUACAGGAGUACGCGGGGACCUGUAGCUCCCCCAUCCCCCUUCCUCCACCCACCUCCACCCUCACCCCGCUCCCCACCACACCUACAUACUGGGAGACAAAGACCAGGGUGCGGAUGGUGGGGCCAGUGUGGCGGCCAGUCCUCGAGAUGGGGGUUGUGGAGGCAGGACAGGUGGACAGUGAGCGGUGGGUUUCUGAACAACGUCGCUCCUGGGGUGUCAGUGUAGAGAGAUGUGGCAUACACAGGGAGGGUCUCUGUACCAGGGUGUGUCGGGAGGGGGAGCAGGGCGUGUGUCACCAGAACACCAUGUCCCGCACUCCCGGCACACAGGCCACCCUCCACUAUGGCGUGGUGCUGGAUGUGGGGAGGGGGAGAGUGGCCUUCAUUGACUUGGACAGGGGGAUUGUUCUUGUCAAGUUUGAUGAGGUGUUCCGGGAACCUCUUGUCCCCGUGUUUAGUGUUGGGUGGUCGCCAUUUGUCAACACUAGGUCCAUGAGUCUGAUCAGCGGGGAGGACGUCGACAUGACAGACACCAAGAGGGCCCUCGUCUACCGAGCACUGAGAUAGGAAAUAAACUGGUUCUGUAAAGUUAUCCGUGUAACUGAGAGAUUUCUAUCAACUGUUUCGAUGACAGACGGGGAAAGUGAGUGAAGCGGACAUAGAAGUGUUCGGUUUGUGUUCUGUUUGUUGUGUACAAAAUACAACCAAGUUCUUCACAUGUCUGGUUUCACUUCUUUCCUGGUUUCUCCUGGAGUUGGGAAUUAUUUUAAAUACUCACAGUAAUAUUGUUGUGCUGAAGUUAUUGCUGUAGUUGCUGAAAUUAUGCCACAGCAACAACUUUCUGAAAUGUGAUGUGAAACAGAAGUGAGUGUAUAGACAAAAUGUAAAAAUUGUUUCAAAACAUGAUUUCUUCUGCUAAUAUUGAUUUAUUAUGAUAAAACAAUUGUUUUAAAUACUCACACAAAUAUUGUUGUGAUGAAAUUAUUGCUGUAGUUGCUGAAAUUAUGCCACAGCAACAAAUUUCUGAAAUGUGAUGUCAAACAGAAGUGAGUGUAUAGACAAAAUGUAAAAAUUGUUUCAAAACAUGAUUUUCUGCUAAUAUUGAUUUAUUAUGAUAAAACAAUUGUUUUAAAUACUCACACAAAUAUUGUUGUGAUGAAAUUAUUGCUGUAGUUGCUGAAAUUAUGCCACAGCAACAACUUUCUGAAAUGUGAU